GUUCUCGAAAAAUAUUACGAAUAUUAAAAAAAGAAAAGAUGUGGUCAUUUGUUUCAGUCACUGUAUGUACUUAGACACUUAUAUUUACAAGUAAAGAUACAACAGCAUUUAAAUUUCGCUAAUUCGCCGAGAUAAAUUCAGUAGCUAUAUAUGUAUUUACUAAGGCAAUAUAUAAGUGUCACUAAGCUAAUAGAGAUCCAGAUAGUAAUCGAGUCGCAUUGACUACACACUUCUCAAGUAUUUCUCAAGAAUGGCCGAAAAGUUUUUUCCAAGCGCUUUAGCUACAGCUUUGGUGUUAUUUUCAUUAGGAUUUGCAGACUCGUUUAUAUUCACAAAACUGUUGACCAACAUACUUAACCAAAAGUUAUCUGCACUAAGCAAUAUUGCACUAUUUGCACCAAUUACAACUACGCCUCCAAAUUAUGCAGUAAUAGGUCCUGCAAGUUCUGUGCUACAGCCUGGAGAAAUGUCUACAGAGAAUCCUGCACAAGGAUCUGGAGGAAGUCCCACAACGGAGAGCAAUGGUGGAACCUCUCCUCUAUCAAACGCUCCACCGCCUUCCCCAAUGGACGCUCCUCUGUCCGGUGCAGCAAAUGCUCCACCUCCUGGUCAAGCAGAUGCUCCCCCGCCUGAUCCAAUGGAGGCAGCAGCACCUGGUCCAACGAACGCUCUACCAUCUGAUGCACCAAACGCUCCACCGCCUUCCUUAAUGGACGCUCCUCUGUCCGGUGCAGCAAAUGCCCCACCUCCUGGUCCAGCAGAUGCUCCCCCGCCUGAUCCAAUGGAGGCGGCACCACCUGGUCCAACGAACGCUCUACCAUCUGAUGCACCAAACGCUCCACCGCCUUCCUUAAUGGACGCUCCUCUGUCCGGUGCAGCAAAUGCUCCACCUCCUGGUCCAGCAGAUGCUCCCCCGCCUGAUCCAAUGGAGGCAGCACCACCUGGUCCAGCAGACGGACCACCCGCAUCUAAAUAG